UUGAUCUCUUAUUCCCUGAAACACGAAACAUUCAGAUCAUUAAUGUGAUUCUUUCAGCAAAUAAAAGUAUGCUUUUACUCUGAAGGCUCAUGCUUUUACUCUGAAGGCGCAUGCUUUUAUUCUGGAGGCUGAGUUUCCUGCUGCUGAACUUUGUCCCCCUGCAGGUCCCUGCCUCGGUGUGUGUGUCUGUGCGUGUGUGAGAGUGUGCGUGGAGGACGGGACGGAGCGAAGGGACGAAGCCGCUGCUCGCCGACAGACAGCCGCUGAGCACCGGGGAGCUCCGGAGAGAGAGCCGGGGGGACAGAACCGGAGCCGCUGGAGCGUGUGGAGGGAGAAGACCCGGUUCUCCUGUGAUCCGGAUCAGUCCACCGGCCGGAGGAGAGUUUCAUCUUCAUAACUUGUGGGAUUAAAAGCAGAACAAGAGGAGACAAGAGAAAAACCGCUUCGGGACCGGGUCUGGGUCCGCGGGUCUGGAUUUAUCUUCAUGCUCUCCGCACACACAGGAGGUCCGCUGUGAUCCGGAUCCACUUUUGGGUCUUGUUCGGUGUUUCGUGUUGUUGGGGCGUGUGCGGGGGUCUUUGUCGGACCAUGGUGGGGGAGAUGGAGGGGAAGGAGAAGCCCAGGCCCAGUCCGGAUUAUCUGAUGCAGCUCAUGAACGACAAGAAGCUGAUGAGCAGUCUGCCGAACUUCUGCGGCAUCUUCCAGCACCUGGAGAGACUGCUGGACGAGGAGAUCAGCCGUGUGAGGAAGGACAUGUACAACGACACUCUGAACGGGUCAGAGAGGAGCAGCGAGCUGCCGGACGCCGUCGGUCCGACCGUCCAACUGCAGGAGAAACUCUACGUUCCUGUGAAGGAGUAUCCUGAUUUUAACUUUGUGGGGAGGAUUCUGGGUCCUCGUGGUCUGACAGCGAAGCAGCUGGAGGCUGAAACAGGAUGUAAGAUCAUGGUGAGAGGGAAGGGAUCCAUGAGAGACAAGAAGAAGGAGGAGCAGAAUCGAGGGAAGCCGAACUGGGAGCACCUGAACGAGGAUCUUCACGUCCUCAUCACGGUGGAGGACGCUCAGAACAGAGCUGAGAUCAAACUCAAACGAGCCGUGGAGGAAGUCAACAAGCUGCUGGUGCCCGCCGCGGAGGGGGAGGACAGUCUGAAAAAGAUGCAGCUGAUGGAGUUAGCGAUCCUGAACGGGACGUACAGAGACGCUAACAUCAAACCCUCCUCCCUUGCCUUCUCUCUUGCAGCUUCCACUCAGGCUCCUCGUGUCCUCUCUGGCCCUGCUCCCGUCUUGGCCCCGCCCACCACCCUUCGUACACCUGCCCCCACAGGCCCCGCCCUUAUGCCUCUGAUUCGUCAGAUUCAGACGGUGCUGCCCAAUGGGACGCCGGCUCUGAUGCAGGGGGCGGGGCCUGAGUCCGGUCUGAUCUAUGCGACACCGUACGACUACCCGUACGCUCUGGCAGCGCCGGCCUCCAUCUUGGAAUACCCCCUGGACUCUGGCGGGGUGUUAGGUAAGCCCGCCCCCCCCUGCUCCUGCGACUGCUCCCCCACACCUCAUCACCACCCCCAUGGCCAGUGGAGCCCCGCCCCCACGCUGCUCCUCAGACACACCUCCUAGAGAGAAAACAAGUGCUCCUCUACAACAAACACAACACACACACACACACACACACACACACACACACACACACACACACACACACACACACACACACAAACACGCCUCGUUCACAGCUGAAAACCUGGAGUGCCCCCUGCUGGACUGAGUCAUCAACAGUAAACUGGAGGUCUUCACCCAAACAGGGAGGGGAGGGGGGGGGGGUACCUUAAAUAUAAUAACUCCACAGUGUCCUGAUACUGAGACAUGAUGGACAGAGUGGACAGUUCAUUAUUUAAAUUCAGUGGUUGUCCACAGGGUGGCGCUGCGCUGUUUCUCCAGCAUCUUUUUAAUGUUACGUUUACUGUGAACGAGGCGUUCAGGUACGACUGUGUUCUUUAAGAUGUUUGUACUACUGUCGACGUGUCGCGUAGACUGAACCUCACAGUUUUAUUUAACGAACUGACGAUACAACUGGAAACGAUGCAUCACGUGACUGCAGCUUCCUGCACUGAAACAUGCAACGCCUGUAAUCUGUAACUGAGACAGUGAACUGAAGCCAACACACCCUCAACACGCCUCCAACACGCCUUCAGUACACCUUCCACACGUUAUCAACACGCCUCAAACACACCUCUAACUCGUUUUCAACACACAUUAAACACACCCUCAACACCCGUCCAACACGCCACCAACACGCCUCCAUGUUCUGAUGCUAGACGAGGUUUUCAGAUUGAUUUAACAGUUUAACGACGGACGAUCCUGAUGACGCUCACUCACGUUUCAGUGCUGCAAACAACACGGGUCUGAUGUUUGAUUUUUUUAGACCUGAGAUUAAUUAAUAAUCAACAAUAAAAGCAAUUCAGAGUGAACAAAGAGCAGCUCUAACCAGACGACCAACACAGGACAUUAAGUAUUAUGUAUUCAAAACCACUUAUGUUCUUGAUUUUAAAUCACUUCACUGACAGAAAUCUUACUGGUCAAUGUCGUGAUCUAGAAAAUACAAUGGACUCAGGGCCACAGCUGGGAAAAAAGACAUUGAGUCAUAAUAAUAUGCAAAUAUAUAUAAUAUUUUAGCAAUAAAGUUGAAAUGUUAAGAAAAAUGUAAAUAUAAAAAACAAAUUACAAUAGAAAAGUUGUGAUAUUUCAAAUAGUCAAUAAAUAUUAUUACAAGAAAAAUAUUAUUAAUGAAUUAUUAUGAUAUUUUUCUCAAAGAAAAUAUCAGGCUACAAUCUGUAAAAUUAUGACUUUAUUCUUGAAUUAUUACAAGAUUUUUGUUGAAACAUUAUAAAACUGUUCCUAACAAAAUUAUUUUUUUUAAUAUUACAGCUUUUUUGUGGGAGGAUUACAACAGUUUUUCUCGUUAUAUUGUUACUUUAUUCUCUAAAUUUUAGUGUUUUUUCUUAAUUGUGGCCCUUAUCCUCUGUCAUAAGAAAAGACUGUGAUAACGAAUCAAACUUCAGCACCUGAAAGGGGCGUUUUCCUCAUGAUGACAUCACAGCGCAGCCUUGUCUGUUGUUUAAAUCACCUGAGAACCUGUCAGAUCUCACCUGUAACCUGAACCUGUCUCAGUUUGUGCCUUAAUCGUAUUUCUAAUGAUUUUCUCUCUGUGUAGCUGUGAUGAUGUGUUGACAUACCUGUGCGUACCUGUAUGAACUGUUAAGUGACGCUGUGGAUAGGUGACUCCAUGUCCUCCAUGACGGUUUGUGGUGUUUGCGAUGUGGUCUAGGUGCGGUGGCCGCUAAAGUUCGGAGACAUGAGCUGCGCGUCCGCCCUUACCGAAGGGUGGCGACCGCAGACUGAGGUUAGUCCGCCCCUCACCCCUCAGGCCCCGCCCCCUGAAUUCUCACCUGCCUUUCCCACAAUCCACGGCUUUGCCUCAGCUGGUGUCUGUGUGAGGCGUUUUCACAGCCAGUUUUUCUAUGUUGAUGUCAAUCAAUCUUUGUCUCCAGUGGUCAGACCACACCCAUUUUUAAAACUCCGCCUUCAUUUUGAUCCCAACUACACACCUGUAAAUUGUUGUGAUUGUAUCUUGCAGUAUCUCGCAACACACGUGCCCAAACACACAAAGACUCACAAGGUGGAAACAAUUCCUGCUGUCAUGGCUGGUAAUCAUCUGAAAUUUUAUCAGACAAGGUGUGAAAACGCCCCACAGGUAACAGAACAGGUGGUUUCUGGGAAAUGCAGUCCUGAUGUGUGAUGGUCAGGAUCACCAACACAAGCUAAAUGUUCUGUUUGUACGUCGCAGCAAUUUGUUAGAACCAUGUUUAAAAUGACUUCCUGCUCCGUUAUCUUGAAGACUUUAUGGAUUCACCAUGACGUUGAUGAUAAAUAAUGGACUCAUUAAACAGAAGCGAUGAUGAUAAGUAUUAAAAACAUAAACAUUUUUAAUAAAUCCACUUUGUUCUCUGGCUCCUCCUGAAGAUGUUUCAGUUUCAUCUCUGUAUCAAAGACUGGUUUAGCUUAGCUUAGCACAAAGACUGGAAGCAGAGGGAAACUGUUAGCCUCUACUGGGACAUUCAGGUGUAACUUAAAACAGCACAGUCAGAAUGAUUAAUUGUGUAAAACAGGUGCAAUAAAAUUGGGAAAACAUUAGCUUGCUAAUGUUGACAAACAUUAGCAAGCUAAUGUUAGCUUAAUAUGAGGCACUGUUGAUAUAAGCUCUCUCACCACAACCUCACAUUUUUUAGUAAUCAGUUUCUGAAAAUUCAACAUUUAUCAUUAUGCUCUCUUACUUUUUUUCAAUCUUUUGAUGAAGCUACGCUAACAGUUUCCACCUGCUUUCAGUCUUUGCGCUAAGCUAGGCUAAUCCUGGGCCAGACCUGAGUUUACACUAAACAUUGGACUCUGGAGGAGACGGAGAACCGGAGGAACAGGACUGAAUGUUAUACUAAAAGUUCUCAGCCGUUAAUGUGACGUUAGCUAACAGUGUUCGAUAAUUUAUCUGUGUGCACAAACCAAGUCUAGAAAAAUAUCAGUUUGACUUUUUGUCAUGAAUGAACUCAGUUUUCUUUUCCACUUUGAAUUUGGAUUUUCAAACUGCAGAGUGGUGACUGGACCUGAAGGUUUCUCAGCACCGACCGACCUGUAAAAACCUUUUCAUCCGUCCUAAUUUUCAGACUCUGAAGUCGUCUGAGAAAACGUCUGUGCUGAGAUCAGAUUAGAUGAAAAAGAGUCGAGGUUUGAUGCGGAAUCUGAUGUUUCUGCUGAUGAUCAGAGUUUUACAUUAAAUAUUAAUACACAACACAUUGAUUUCAACAAUAAAAGUUUUUACAAAAACUGAGAAUCCAGCCCUCAAUCAGAAUAAUAAAGGUUAAACUCGGACAACUGGACUUGUUGUUAGAUACUUUAGAUGUUUUCAGGCUUCAGAAACCUCUUGGGUUAGAGGUGAUACGUCUUCAAGUAUCUACAGCAAGUCAAGUUUCCAUCGAUUCAACUUCUGGAUGAAUCGCCAUAUUUGGGGAAACAAAGUUAUAAUAUUUAAACAAAAAAAUUUACUCGUGUGAUGUCACUGUCCAUCAGCAGAAAUUUGUUUUUCCAGUUUAAACCAGAUCGAUGUAAAAGUCUUAGAGGCUAAAAUCCUGUAAAGAAUCAGAAGAAUCAUGUUUUUCUGGGGUUUUGUUACUAAAACGAUCAAACUGUAAUCUCUAUUGAUCCAAACAGUAACGGAUAGGUAACACUGACUGAAUUAAUGAAACAAAUCUGAUGAAAUUGCACAGAGUCCUGGUGUGAACCCGCCGUGGAGACGUCCGACUCGUCCGCCACAUUAACAGGUUUAUAAACUCGACACACUCGAACCCGCCUGCUGGUCAAAACCCGAGUGGGCGGGAUCUGUGACGCCGUCGGGUUGGGUCGGGUCGGGCGCUGUCGGUCUGCGGGUGGGUUGCAUUCAGGUACCACCGGUAAACCUGUGUGUUUGCUGGUGUCUAGCUGUGAUGGCGGUGUCGCCGUCAACACAGCAGACAACUGAAAACCUCCGACAAACCUCAAAGACGAUGAUUUAAAGAGAACAAAUGUUUUGACCCGAGCAGCUUCAGGUCACUUCAUGGACGCGAAGAUGAAGAGUGAAUGAAUUUUAGGAAACAGUGUUCCACUUGAGACAUUUUUUUUUAUGUUUUUCUGUCUUUUAUUUGUUUUGUUGUUGCAAAGAGAGUAGUGUUACUUGUGGCUUGUUAAAAUAUAUAUAAACAUAUAUAAAUAUAUAUGAAAAGUAUAAAGCAGGAACGUAUAUGAAAUAUAAUAUUUGACUUGUGUUUUGCAGAGGACUCCAUUAGAGGGCUGUUUGUAGGACGAAGACGUGUAGCAGCUUUAUAGAAAUGUUUUUCUAUUUUUGAAUCUAUUUUAGGGCUUUAUAUAAAAGACGGGAGCUUCCUGUUUAUAUGCAAGUUUCUAUGAAUGGUAGAGUCUUUAAACUGAGAGCUGUUAGCACUGUUAGCACUGUUAGCAUCAAACCUUCUGUUGUAGUGUUGCUUUGUGUCGUCACAGCAAAGAUUUCCAUGUUUGUUGUAAAUAGAAAUGAAUCUUCUUGAAAAGGCAAUAAAAACUAUUAUUGAGUAAAAAGAGUAAAA